GAGGACGCUCUACAGCACUGCGAUUCCACAGCGCUCAUACAGCUGACCAGCACACAGUAGGUUGUUACAUCUGAGAGAACAGCAUCAUGUCAAAAGAAGUUGACAGAAAACAGGUGUUUCAAACGACCAGAGUGCGGACUUCACUGAAGAACGAUCUCAGCUGGAUCCAAAAAUCAAAACAGCCACAGAAAGAGCAGGAAAAUGCAAGAACUGAAGAGGCUGUGGUAGAGACCAAACCCAGUCCAGUCAGGCAGAGCUCCUAUGUCCUGUCCACAAUCAAGAAGUUUGAGCCCGAAGCACCUGCUGAGCGAACUAUCCAAAAUGAUGGACCAGAAAUAUCUAUUUCCAACACAAUUGCAGAAAACAAGGGAGCAAAUGCAGAUGCGUCAGUUGACAAGAUAAAUGGAGAACACAUAGAGGUGGCUGCUGAGGUCUCUGCAGAUGUUCUUGUAGAAGAAUGCAUUCACAAUGGAGAGGCACAACCAGUGUCUUCUGCAGAAGAUAAAGCUAAGCUACAAGUUGCAAACUCAGUUGCAAUAUUAAAGGAAGAGGUUGCUGAUACAACCGUUGAAGAAGCUAAGAUCUCUGCAGACACUACAGUGGAAGAUCAUGUUGUCCAUGUUGCACUUCCAGUCGAAGUCAAAACUCAAGAAAAACCUGCGCCUGAACCAGAGUCAACAAAUGCAACACUUGUGGAGGAUGGAGCAGUUGAACCAACAGUUCAAUCUACAGAGGAGAGUCACCCUCCUGAACAGGCUGCAAAAGAAAUGAUUAAAUCUGUAGUUGAGGUCUCAGUGGAGUCAUCAUCUGACAAGACUGAUGUGACUGAUGCCAAGCCAGGAGAGGAUAGCGCUCUCCAAGAAAGUGUUGAAAAAGUUGCAGAGUUAUUGGCAGAAUCUGAGUCUGAGUCGCCCACUCAAGCUGUUACAGAGGAGAGCUGUGAGAAAGAUGUUGCAGAAGAAACUGUUGAAGCCACAGCCGCUGUGGAGUCGUCUCUUAAGACUCCUGAUGUGACUCAAAUGGAAAAAGAAGAAGCUGCCCCCGGCAGCCACAAGGAACCAGUCCCUGACUUAGGUGCAGAUACUGUAUCUGUAUCCCCCACUAAAGUUGCUGCUGAACCUGAAGUGAAGUCUGUGGCAUGUGAAGAGUCUGCAGCCUCAGCAGAGCCACUUUUAAAGACAACAGUUGAAGAGGUAGUUGAAUGUGAAAUCCAGCCUGUUGUCGAGCAAAGUGUUGAACCAGCUCCUGAGAGUGCUGCAGAUCCUGUGGUGGAUGAUGCUGAAGCUGCUCAGGAUACAUUCACCUACAGGGUCAUUGAACUGACAGAUGCAUUAGAUGAGGAGACGGCCACUGAUGAAGUUGCUCCUGAACCUGCGACAGACCUGAAAGAAAUCCACACAGAGGAGACAAAAGUGAUCCAAGACCCUGAUGUUAUAAAUGACUCUGAAGUGAUACAAAAGCCUGUGGAGGAGCAACAACCAACAUACACUCUGAAGGAAACCAGCAAUGGAAUACCUUUUUGUUCGUUCUGUGACAAAAUAAUUGAUGGAAACAUAAAGAUCAGCUUCAGUGAACCUCUGGUGAGGUGCCACCCUGACUGCCUCAAGUGUGGUGUGUGUGCUCAGGCCCUGGGAGAUUUUCUGACCCCCAUGUUUUUGCAUAACCAAGUGAUCCAAUGUGAUGGCUGCUUUGCAAAAGCUCUCAAGACCUAAAGCCUAACUGGGACAAAUAUGUCAUCAGAGAAGACCCAGAGCGUUCUGUGAUUAAUGUGUUGUUUGGAGUGAGAAACUCACCACUGCUGCCUUAUCUGUGCAUUUCCACACUGGGUUAUUUUUUAAGGACAUGGUGCAUUGUCAGGGGAAGGGAUUCUGUUUGGAUUGAAACACUUUCUUUUAUUGCAACAUUGCAUACUGGUUUAAAUAAAAUGACAGAUUACUGCUUGAGAUUUAAAUGGUUUAAUCAGCCUUAAUUUUAAAUGAGCACACACACAUACACACACGAAUCACCUGGAGGCCCGUUAUUGAAGCAUCAACACCUCAGGAACUUAAAAAAAAAAGCAUAAU